AUGACCAGGAGAGACUGCGGCAUCUGCGGCAAGAAAUUCACUGGAACGACGUCGGAUACACGCUACAAGGCUCACUGUAAGACCGAACAUCUCGAAUUUUACCGUACCUCCAUCAGGCUUUUAAAAGAUCCCAAGCUCAUCAAUCGAGAAGCCUAUCUCAAGCGCAAGAAAGAAAAACCCGAUGUUGUUGAAGUGCAGCAGACGAUGGCUCGUAUGAGGCGAAAGGCUCGUAAUGAGCAGAUAAGAUCCUUGCAAAACCGAUCCCCACCUGAACCCCCUGCCAUUCCAGAAGAACCUUUCAUCGAUGAAUUCAAUCCAUAUCACGUUGCAAGCACCGAGUUCGGCAUCUUCGUCGGUGUCACAUAUGCACAGCUCCUUGAGCAUUCCAUCAUCGUCUCAUUGGAGCGAUACGAAUCAGCCUCUGCUGGGCUAAGCCCCCGUGUCGCUUCUCUGUUGAAAGGAGCCCUCGUUAUGGCAAGGAGGGAUCCAAUCGCCACUCUGGCACGUCACUACCACAACUACCGCCAGCUGCUCACCGCCCGUGCCACGCGCCUAUAUACGGAAUAUCAGUUGAAAAAGGGCGUCCCGACGCAGACUGGCGCGGUGAAUGAUGGAGACGGGGAUGGGGAUGAGGAUGAGGAUGGUUCCGACUCCGAGGAUGAUACCAACGACGUCAUCGACCCUGCUCUGCAGCUUGAUCCAGGAGCGGCAGUUAGGAAGGAGGUCGGAGAUGCGGUGGCUGAGGGGCAAGCAGUGGGGACAUCGAGCGAAGCUGCAGCUAGCAAUUAA